UGCGUCUUCGGCCUACGCUUUUCAGAGCUUACAAGCGAGUUUGGUUGCUGCUGAGAGAGUGGCUUCACUGGAGAAGGCUCUUGACGAAUCCAGGCAUAAGGAGUCGACUGCUCGCUCCUUGGCAGAAGAAAAUGCAAAACUGGUCCAGGACUUGCAAAAGGAGGUGUCAGCUCAAUCUACUCAAAUCUCAAGGCUCGUCGACAGGAUUAAAGCGCUGGAGGCUUAUGGUCGGAGGAAAAAACAGGAAGUCACUGACGCGGCUUGCUACUAUGUCUGGCAAACGAGGGGAGAACUUAUGGCUUCCUUUCUUGCGGGUGAGUCGUCUGGCUGGAAUGCUGAG